GAUCCAGUUUUUUGAAAUACUAUAAAAAACACUGCUGUCGAUCGACAUACAUCAAUCAGCUUUAACCAGCCACACAAUCCACACACACACAUCAUCAAUCGUCAGCCGACCGACCACCAACCAAUCAUCUCACCAUGAAAUCCAUAAUCGCCACCGUCGCUUUGUUCGCUCUGGUCGCUUGCGCUUUGGCAGCCGAAGAACCCAAACAACAGAACAAGGUCACCGAGAAACGCGGCAUCUACGGCUUGGGUCUCGGCUAUUCCGGUGUCGGCUACUCCGGUCUUGGUUACUCCGGUCUCGGCUACCCCGGUUACCACGCGCCGAUCGCCGCUCCAUUGACCUACCCCACGUCGGUGAUUUCCCCAGUCAAAUACCACGCUCCGUACACAUACCCCUUGUCCACAUACCACGCUCCCCUCCCCUACCACGCCCCGCUCUCCUACCCCGCAGCACUGCCGUACCACGCCCCAUACACCUACCCGCUGUCGUCUUACCACGCACCGCUGUCGUCUUACCACGCACCGCUGUCUUACCACGCACCGACCAUUUACUGAGCGAUGAUAGCCAAAGAACCACCGUCACCGUGAUCGCAAACCACAUCACCAUCAGUGGCCAUCAUUGUGACUCGUUUGUAAAUCGUAUUGUACUUAUGUAUAUUUAUAACAAAUUAAUUUUUUAAUAAAAAUAAAAACACUCUUUACACACAUUAA